AUGGCCGGCGCCGGCAUCCACCCCUACCACCAGCAAUGGGCCCCGGCGGCAGCCCCUCCUCCUCCCCCGGCCGUCGUCGCCGCCGCGCCUCCACCUCCUCCUCACCACCUCGUCGACAACCCCAACCGGCCCGCCAACGACGAGGUCCGCACCAUCUUCAUCACCGGUCUUCCCGAAGAUGUCAAGGAGAGGGAGAUACAGAACCUCCUGAGAUGGUUGCCGGGCUACGAGGCCUCUCAGGUCAACUACAAAGGCGAGAAGCCGAUGAGCUUCGCUCUCUUCGCCACCGCUCAGCAGGCUAUUGCUGCCAAAGACGCUCUUCAGAGUAUGGUUUUCGAUACGGAAUCGAAGGCGGUGUUGCAUACGGAGAUGGCAAAGAAGAAUCUAUUUGUGAAAAGAGGGAUUGUAGGCGAUUCAAAUGCUUAUGAUCAGAGCAAACGGUUGCGUACUGGUGACUACACGCAGGCUGGUUAUUCCAGUCCGGUGCCUUUUCAUCCUCCGCCGCCACCUGUUUGGGGACCACAUGGGUAUAUGGCUCCACCACCUCCUCCAUAUGAUCCAUAUGGUUACCCUGUUGCUCCAGUACCAAUGCCCCCUUCUGCUCCUGUACCAGCACCUAGCAGUUAUGUACCUGUUUUGAACACAAAGGAUAAUCCACCAUGCAAUACCUUAUUCAUUGGCAAUCUAGGAGAGAGCAUUAAUGAGGAAGAACUAAGGGGUCUAUUCAGCUCACAACCUGGAUUUAAACAAAUGAAGAUCUUGAGACAGGAAAGGCAUACUGUUUGCUUCAUUGAGUUUGAAGAUGUAAACAGUGCCACCGCUGUACACCACAAUUUUCAGGGGGCUGUUAUCCCCAGUUCUGGUUCAAUAGGCAUGAGAAUACAAUACUCAAAGAACCCAUUUGGUAAAAGGAAGGAUGGGAACUACCCUGCCCCUGCUGCAAAUGGAGGUUCACCAGCUAUGACAUACCAGUAGCUUGAAGGGGAUGUACUCUGUUUCUUAUGCUACCGACAAACACAACCACAUGAUAGGAUGCAUCUUGCAGCGCAUGCAUCCAUUUCAUAGUCACGUCAUCAGCAUCAUCAUCUCUCUUCAUGUGAAUGAAUGCAAAUUGGCAUCAUGAACAUACCAUUUGGUCAUGUUAUACUGAUUUAAGACAUGCAUGGAUGUUAAUUCCUGGAUGUUAGGGGCUAAAUUACUGUUAUCAUCUGUAGGAUGAGUAAUGCAUGGGUCUGUUGAUUUGUUGGAUUUGAGUGUGUUUUGCUUCAUAUUAUGUACAUCAAUACUAGGAAUGCACAUCUAUCUAGACAUGUUGCUAUCUUACUUUCUACAUAGGUUUGAUUAAUUCACUUAACUCAGCGAAUCAUCUGAAGGUGGGUCCUUGGUCUGUUUUUCAUGGCAUUACUUAUGUUAGGAUGUUUAAAAACUUAGGAUAUCACACCAUUAUCAUGUCAUUCCCAUCACCACGACAUUCUAAGUCAUAGGUCAUCGUUUAAGCGAGGAGCUAGUAGCUGUUUUAACAUCAAGAUCUUCAAAUCAUAACUUUUCAAAAAGCUGUUGGGAAUUAUAUGCUGUCAUUUAUAUACAGGAGUUUCCCAACAAAAUGACAAAGCUCUCUAUUCGUUUGAGGAGGUCCAAGGUUUUGCAGCUGCCCUUUUGUUUCAGGUAAUAAAAGGUUACUCUCUGACUGACACCCCAUAUGGUGGUUAAUUCAUUCAUCAAGCGUGCUAUUUGUUUGUACGUCGGUGAAGCUGCCUUAAGAUUAGAGGACUGACAUUUAACUCUGAGUGAGCACUUCAGUACUACCAGUCUCAAUUCCUAGUCUGUGUUUUAGUACACAAGUUCUAGCAAUUAUUGCUGAAAUAAUCGUUGGUCCGUGGGUGCUAUUGAUAUCUUGUAAGUGAAAUGAAUUGUAGGGUGUGGGAAUAUACAUGGAAAACGAA